AUGGUAGACACAACGGUGGUCAUCGCAACACUGAACGUGGGUACAAUGACCGGGAGGGGACGUGAAGUGGUGGAUGUAAUGGAGAGGAAGAAAAUACACGUGUUGUGUGUGCAGGAAACAAAGUGGAAAGGGCAAAAAGCCAAAGAACUGGGAAACGGCUAUAAGUUGUACUACGUGGGGGAAAACAACAAGAGAAACGGUGUUGGAGUGGUGCUGAGUCCGGAAAUGAAAGAAGGAGUGGUGCAGGUAAACAGAACAUCCGACAGAAUAAUAUGGGUCAAGAUCGAGGUGGCAGAAACCACUAUGAAUGUGGUUUGCAUCUACGCUCCUCAAGUGGGGUGUACGGAUGAAGAGAAAGACGACUUCUGGGAACAGCUCGGGGAUGUGAUGCUGAAGAUACCAGAUGCGGAAGUGACGUAG